UACAGAAGAAUGGAAACUAACAGUACAACUUGUAACUACCUGUAACUGCUGCAGUGGGAAAUGGGUCAGGUUUCCUCUCAACUAGAUCAAGAUAACAAAGUGCAUCUAAAUGGCUUCUACUAUGGCCUUAGCAAACUAAUGAUGAAAAGGAGGAGACUGUGGGAUUAUUCGUUUCAUCUUCCCUGGAUGAUGAACGGAGAGAUAUUCACUGCCACUUUGGUGCCAUCUGGGAAUGUGACACCAGAUUCUAGCAUGACCCUGGAACAGAAAACAACCUUUGCCUUUGUGAUUUUGUUAUUUAUUUUCUUGGGAAUCCUCAUCAUUCGUUGCUUCCGCAUUCUGCUUGACCCCUACCAAAGUAUGCCAACCUCAACCUGGGCUGAUGGACUUGAUGGGCUGGAGAAAGGCCAGUUUGAUUAUGCUCUUGCUUAGAGACUGAGAAUUAUGGAGGGUUAUUUAGCACAGCAAUAACGAAAUACAAUUUCUGGAAUGUCUGUUUAUUUUGCUUUUGUGUUUCAUUAUAUCAA